AUGUGCCUCCUGGGCCGCACGUGGCUGCUGCAGGACUGCGUGGCUGGGGUGGAACUGGGCAUUCGCCAGCAGAGCGAUGAAACAAACACGUGGAAGAAGGCUUGUACUAUAAUAUUAUACAUUGAUAAGAGAUUGAACAGUUCCACUGUGGUCCUGGUUUUCAGUUAUAAAAGCACUGAUCCUCGUCAUCUCUUCAAAGUGCUGUUGCUGCUGGCAAGCCGGGUGCACGGCUUCCCGAAACCCGGGGGCAAAGAUAAAGCUAUACACAACAGACAGUUAAGUGUAGAAAGACCUUUAGAGGAACAGAUUGCUGAAGCUGAGGCAGACAAGAAUAGGAAAAUAGCUCCCACAGAAAAUAAGCCAGAGUUCAGGAAUUAUUCCUUUGCUGAUGACCUGAACCUGCUAAAAUCAGUAGCAGAAAGAGAGAGGAAUGAAAAGGAGAGGGAGUCAAUUAGAAGCUCUUUGUAUGAACAGCAACUGGCCAUUGAUGAUGCAGACUCCACCAAGAACCGCAGGCUUGUGGAUGACUAUGACUCCACUAAAAGUGGAGUGGAUUAUAAAUUCCAAGAUGAUCCAGAUGGCCUCCAUCAAUUAGAUGGCACUCCUUUGACUGCUGAAGACAUUGUUCAAAAAAUUGCUGCAAGAAUUUAUGAAGAAAAUGAUAGAGGAGUGUUUGACAAGAUCGUUUCAAAACUUCUAAAUCUGGGACUAAUCACAGAGAGUCAGGCCUAUACCCUGGAAGAUGAAGUGGCAGAGGUUUUACAACAGCUAAUUGCAAAUGAAGCAAAGGAUCGUGAAAAGGAGUCUGAAGAUUUUGAUUACCCUCCAAGCAGAGCAGACAGUGAUACAAAAGAAAAGCAACAGGAAAGAAUGACACCAAGCAAAGCUGAUCAGAAUAGUUUCAUUAAUGAAGAAACUGAUGAUACACUGGAUAACACAUGGUCAUCAUCUAAUAUCUUGGAAAGAAGAAAUGAGCUGCCUUCUGAAGAUAACUUUGAAGACCUCCAGUAUUUUCCAAACUUUUACGCACUGUUAAAAAGUCUUAACUCAGAGACGGAGGCAAAAGAGAAAGAGACCUUGAUAACUAUCAUGAAAACCCUGAUUGAUUUCGUGAAGAUGAUGGUUAAAUAUGGAACAAUCACACCAGAAGAAGGAGUUUCCUAUCUGGAAAACUUAGAUACCAUGAUAGCUGAGCAGACAAAGAAGAAGCUUGAGGACCCUUCCACUAGAACCAGAACAAAGCUACCAGCAGACAAGAGUAGUGAAGAAGCAGACAGUACGAAGGAAGAAGCAGCUAAAAUGGAAAAGGAAUAUGAAAUCUCAAAGGAUUCUACAAAAAAUGAAGAACAAAAUGCAGCAGGGAACAGUGAAGAGCCUAGAGGGAAAGCUGAGGCAUAUUUGGAAGCAAUCAGGAAGAACAUAGAAUGGCUAAAAAAACACAACAAACAAGGUAACAAAGAAGACUACGAUCUUUCAAAGCUGAGAGAUUUCAUUGAUCAGCAAGCUGAUGCUUAUGUGGACAAGGGCAUCCUGGACAAGGAAGAGGCUGAUGUAAUUAAACGCAUAUAUGGCAGCCUGUAA